AUGUUGAAGUUCUCCGACCUAUCUGCCUCUGCCCCAGCCGUCGCCAAGGGCUCAAGCCUGUCGGGGGAUAGUUCCGCCGCUCUCGAGCAAGAUCCCUAUGCCUUCGCCAAUCUUACUCCCUACGUGCACCCGCCCGAGACCACCGAGGAUCUGUUUUGGAGUGACCUGGUGACCCUGGACCUGUCCGAUUUCACGAAGCCGGGAGGUAAGCAGCGACUGGCCUCGCAGCUAUCGGACGCGGUGCAGAAGGUGGGAUUCUUCUAUGUGAAGAACUUUGGCCUCUCGCAGGAGCAGAUCGAUCGACAAUUGACCCUGGCGAAGAACUUCUUUUCGCUACCCUUUGCUGACAAACAGCAAUACAGCGUGGACUACGAGAAGGGCGACUACAAUGGAUACCGCUGGGGUGGGUACCGUGCCGACGGCAGCCAGUCCGCCAACAACCACGGCGACAAUAUCGAGGCCUACAAUAUCCCCAAGUUCAUUCCGGAGCUCGCGGGCAAAUAUGCGCAGCCGCCGCUCUUGCAGCGUCAUCAUGCCGAGAUCGCAGCCUUCACGCGACACCUGCAUGAGCAUAUCGUCGCCCCGCUGAUGGUUCUCUUUGGCAUCAUCCUCGAGCUGCCGCGGGAGGAUCUGUUGCAGAAAAUGCACAGCUACGACCAGCUUUCCGAUGACCACUACCGAUACAUGAAGUAUUCCCGCCGGACUCCGGAGCAGCACCGGGCCAGUGAUGGCGUGCAGGUCAAGGGACACUCCGAUCUCGGUAGUUUGACCUUGUUGUUUCGCCAACCCGUCGCCGGCCUCCAGAUCCUUGGGGAUGACUGGCAGUGGCGCUACGUGCGGCCCCUGCCAGGUACUGUGACCGUCAAUCUGGCGGACACACUCUCCCUCCUGACGGGUGGCUUCUUCAAAUCGUCCAUCCACCGGGUCGUGGCCCCCCCGCGCGAUCAGUGGGGGUAUGAUCGCUUGGGCCUGCUGUACUUCGCCCGCCCCCACAACGAUACCGUGCUGCGACCCUUGGUCUCGGAGUCCCCCGUGCUCCAGCGGAAUCGGCAUCUGCUUACCGAAGGUUUCACGCGACCCAUUACCAUGGCGGAGUUUACUGUGGCCAAACAACGCAUGCUGCUCAACCCACAUCUGUAUGAAGAGAAACGUGAUCAGCAUGGGGAUGUUGAGUUGAUCGCUGGCUUUAAGGAUCACCGGUAUGUGUAG